AUGCAAGAUUCAGAGGACGAAGGAGGAUUUGGAGGACUUGGAAGGAAUUUUGGGGGCUUUGGAGGGGCUUGGAAAUUUGGUUCAAAGAACUUGGAGGAUUUGGAGGACUUACAAGGAUUUGGGCGGGGGACUUGGGAGGAUUCGGAGGAACUUGGAGGAUUCGGAUGGAACUUAGAGGAAUUCAGGGGACUUGGAUGGAUUCGGAGGACUUUGAGUGGUGGAUUUGGAGGGCUUGGAGGUAUUUCGGAGGACUUGGAGAAUCCAGAGAGGGACAAGGAAGGAUUCGGAGGACUUGGAGGGAUUCAGGAAGGCUUAGAGGAUGAGGAGGUACUUUGUUUGGGGAGGAUUGGCGGGAGGGGGACUUGGAUGAUUUGGCGGGGACUUGGAGGAUUUAGAGGACUUGGAGGAUUCGGAGACUUCGAGGAUUCGGGAUACUUGGAGGAUUCAGAGGACUUGGAGGAUUCGUGGGACUUGGAGGAUUUGGAGGACUUGGAGGGAUUCAGGGAACUUGGAAGGAAAGUUCAGGGACUUGGAGGAGGGGGAUUCAGGAGACUUGGAGGAUUUGGGGACUUGAAGGAUUCAGAUGGACUUGUUGGAGGCAUCUGGAGGACUUGGAGGGAUUCGGGGAACCUUGGAGGAUUCCGAAGGGCUUUGGAGGAUUUGGCGGGGGGACUUGAAGGAUUCAGAGGACUUGGAGGAUUCGGAGGACUUAGAGGAUUUGGGGGACUUGGAGGAUUCGGAGGACUUAGAGUGUGGAUUCUGGGGGCUUGGAGGAUUCGGGGGACUCUGAAGAUUCGGAGGACUUGGAGGGAGGAUUGGGGGGACUUGGAGGAUUCGGAGGACUUGGAGGGAGGAUUCAGGGGACUUGGAGGAUUCAGAGGACAUGGAGGAUUCUGGGAUUUUGGGGGCUUGGAGGAUUCGGAGGACUUGGAGGAUUCAUUGGACUCUGAAGAUUCAGAGGUCUUGAAGGAUUUGGAAGACUUGGAGGGAAGAUUUGGGGGAUUUGGAGGAUUCAGAGGACAUGGAGUAUUCAGGGGACUCUGA